AAAGUGAAAAAUUGUUUCUCUACUGUGCAAAAAAAUAAAAGAAGAAAAAUUAAGAAAAUUUUAGAUAUUUUAUACUUAAAAGUUACAAAUUUUAUUUUUUAAUUUAUUAAAAACCAAAGCACACUGCAAUAAACACAAAUUUUCCGUUGAUAAGCUCAACAGUUUCGAAAAGUUCUAAUAAGAAAAACGACGAAUAAGGAAAAUCUAAAAUGCAAGCAAUCAAGUGCGUCGUGGUGGGUGACGGUGCAGUCGGUAAGACCUGUCUACUCAUCAGCUAUACGACAAAUGCUUUUCCGGGAGAAUAUAUACCCACCGUUUUCGACAACUACUCGGCCAAUGUUAUGGUAGAUGCUAAACCCAUCAAUCUGGGCCUCUGGGAUACAGCUGGCCAGGAAGAUUACGAUCGUCUGCGUCCACUGUCGUAUCCUCAGACAGAUGUGUUUUUAAUUUGUUUCUCGUUGGUGAAUCCAGCUUCAUUCGAGAAUGUACGAGCCAAAUGGUAUCCAGAGGUACGCCAUCACUGCCCCAAUACACCCAUUAUAUUAGUGGGUACUAAAUUGGAUUUACGAGAUGACAAGAACACCAUUGAAAAGUUGCGUGAUAAGAAACUGGCACCGAUAACCUAUCCACAGGGUUUGGCUAUGGCUAAAGAAAUCGGAGCUGUCAAGUAUUUAGAGUGUUCAGCUUUGACACAAAAAGGCUUAAAGACUGUAUUCGAUGAAGCUAUACGUUCAGUAUUGUGUCCAGUUUUGCAGCCCAAGUCCAAACGUAAAUGUACGUUACUAUAAUUUCACAAAAAAUCUGGAAAUUCUUAAAAAAAAGCACACUCUAACGCAAAAAAAAAUAAAUAACACAACAAAACAACAUACUUUGAAACAAAGAAAAUAUAUAUAAAAAAAAACACUAAUAUAGAAAGGAACAAAAGGAAGCGUUCUUAAAACUAGAAGGAAGGACGGACGACAGUAUACAACACAAGUAAAGGAGAAAAUGUAAACCGCCAGCCAAUAUUUAUAUAAAAAAAACAAUACCAACUUUUUUGUACACUAAAUGUAGCAAUAGUCAAUAAAUGAAGUCAAUAUGGUCUUCCAGACCUUGAUAAACUAAACAUUGUCACCAGGUCAACGUGUUUUAACGUUAAAACAAAUCACACCAAAAUCCAAACAAUGUCCAACAUUUUUCAACAAAAUCUUAUUAUGCCACCACUCACUACUCAGCUAAACAAAAGGAUAUUUAACGGGCAGACAUUUUCAUAGUCUCCUUAUAUACUAAAUAUAUGUAUUUAAGUUCUAUGACUAACCCAGUUCACAUGUGGUGUUUUUGUUGAUAAAUGUUUAUUUUUGUUUUUAAGAUCUGUAAGUUAUUGUUCUCCUAUUUUAUUGCUAGAAAUCUAUAAUAUUAGGGAAUUUUAUAUAUAAAUACAACCCAAAUUAUAGAUUUCUGGUAUCUAAAUUUGAUACUUUUGAUACUUUUUUUUCCAUAUUUGUCAGACAAAAGCUAUUUUUUAGAUAUUAUUUAUCUGUCUGUCGAUUUUUUAAGGUGUGGGAAAUUUGUUUAAAUGUUUGAAAGAAUAUAAAAUAUUUAAUACAAUUUAUAUUUUAGAUGGUAAGAUUGUUUUAACAUCCUUUAUCAUCAACUUUUUAUCUGGAAAUCGGAUAGAAAUCAUUUAUAGCCAUAUUAGGAUAUAGUAUUAACGAUGUUUAACGUCCUUUAAAAUAAUUCAAUUUUUUUUAAACAAUUUUUUUUUAUUAAUAAACAAAUUAAUAAAGUCUUGGUCAAAUUAGCAGGGUUUAUUUAGAAUUUACAACAAUACAAAAUUUUGGGGAAACACUUCCCCCUAAAUUCUUUAUAAUCCACGUUAAUAUGACUUGUAUUGGAAAACGGAAAUUUUAAUUUUUUUAGCUGAUAAAUUUAUUUUUUUGCUAUACAUUUUUUUGUUUUUUAUUCGAAAAAGCUUAUUUUUUGUGAAAACGGAUUUAAAAAUGUUUUUUUAAGAAAAUUUUAAAAGUAUUAGUCAUUUAUAUAUAUAAAAAUCGAUUUUUUUUAGAAAAUGUGAUAUUUUGUAUAAAAAAUAUGUAUUUUAAAAGAAUUUAGUUUAUUUUGGAACUUAAAAAAUUCAUUCCGGAAAAUUUUGGGAAACCCCAAUUUUUAAUUCAUAGCAAGAUUGCAGAUAAGAUAAUUAUGCAUUGGCAAAAUUAAAGCAUUUUAAACUGUUCUUUUUUAUAGUUUCCUAUUGCAACAAUUUAGUAAAAAACCUUUUUUAUUUGAAAACUUAAAGAUUUUCAAAUAAUAAACACAAGUUUUGUUUAAUAUAUAUAAACGUACAUGAAAUUUUUAUUGUAUUUAAAUUGAAAUUUGUAAUUCUAUUAAAUUACACAAUUCUUUCAAACAUUUAAAAUUUCCUUCCCUCAACCAUCAAAACACAACUAAAUUAAAACAUGCGUUUUUUAUUAUUUAUCCUAUUCUCUAUAUAUAACUCUCUCUCUAUCAAUGUGCAUUAAUUUAAAUUUAGAGUUGUACUUUUUUGUAAUUAUUUUAAUUGAUAAUAAAAAUAAAGAAAACAAACUAAUAAACUUUUUGGCUUUAUUUUUAAUUUUAUAUAUUUUUUGCUAAAAUUUAAUUUUUUUACACACCUAAGUUGCUUAUAUACCAAAUUUACAAAACUAAUGAACUUGUUUUAUUAAUUAUUUAAAACUGAACUCUUAAUAAAAACCAAGAAAAUAAUAUUGUUCUUAUGUUAAAACUAAACAAAAAAAAAUUUAAAAAAUUUAUAUCAAUUAGUAGCUCUCCAAACAAAAUAAAAAAACACACAAAUUCAAAAUAAGUUAUUAAACAAUUUUUAUAUGUAGUAGUUUUUUGCUGUUACUCGUACAAUAGUACAUCAACAUAAUGUUUGCAACCUUUUUGCUAUAAAAACCAAAACCAAAAAAAAAACUUUGCAGAACUCACUCAUACUCAUAAUAAGUAAAUAAAUAUAAACGAAAUUUUGAAACAAACAAAUAAAUAGUAUAGAAACAACACAUAAAUCAACCAACCACAUCAUACCAACCACCACUUCUUUCCAUAACAAUGAGUCAGUCAGUCAGUAUGUAAUGUAACGUUUUGAAAAACCAAGAAUUAUUGAGAAAACACACAAGAAUAAAGAAAUCAAUUAUACCAUACACAUUAAAAUAACAACUGGGCAACAAUUUUAAUGUCAUGCCUAAGAAAACAAUUUAGUAUAUUUGUGCUAAUGAAAAUUUUCCAAAAAUUAAAGAAAAAAACAAAAAAAAAAAACUUACUACUACUAUUUAAUAAUUAUAUAUGUAUUAAAAAAAUCGUAAUCGUAAAUUAAAACUAAAAAAUUGUAAUACUUUCUAAACAAAACAAAAAAAGUAAAUAAAUUUUUGUGUGGCACUUAAUGUCAAUUUAAAAA